CAAGUGUUGAUUCAAGUCACACUUUCGUACUUGGUAAAAGAAGAAAGAACAAACGAAAUGUCUAUGACUCGUUGAUACGUUACCAACGUGCACAUCGAUUCGCAAGAAUAAUGAAACGAAGGAUUUAUCUACGCCGCAAGGCUGCAUGGGAACGAGAUGACCCAGAAGAGACGUUCAGCAUAGACUCUGCCAGUAGUCUGCUUCGCAAGGAAGCCUACGAGUGGUGGAAGAGGACCGAUGAGAGUGUAGGAACCCCUAAGCCAUGGACAUGGGCACAUUUCGAAUGGGCAUUCAAGCAAGAAUAUAUUCCAAAACGUUUUAGCGAAGAAAGACGUAAAGAAUUUGUCGAAUUGCAACAGGGAGGCAUGAAACUCCCCGAGUAUCGUCAGAAGUUUACCAGUCCUGCUAAGUUUGCACCAACCUUGGUGAGUACCCCAACCGAUCGCAUCGAGGAGUUCAGGAAGAAACUUCGACCUGACCUCAGGUCGCGUGUGUCCGUCCUAACCACCGUGGAUUUCGCAGAGGCCUACGAUCUCAUAGCCAGGGCAGACAGCGACUUGAGUGCUUGCAUUGAGUAUCUGAAGACAAAUAAUACGCACUCUGUGGCGUCGGAAAACAAAUCAAGAGGGUGGAAACACCCAUUGUGCGAUACAUGUGGGAGACAUCAUCCAGGCGAGUGUUGGCUUGCCCAAGGAUUAUGUCUAGGUUGUGGCAAAGCUGGACAUUUUCGAAAGGAUUGCCCCACUAAUCCUGGCAAACCAUUUCCGACAGCCCCAGUUGUCAGCCAAUCAGCAUUAGCACGACCUGCGCCAAGUCAACGAUCAACGGUGGGAUCUAAUCCGGCCAAGAACCAGAGUCAGCAACAGGGACGAGCUCCUGCUCGUACUUAUGCAAUGAAGGCACGAGCUGAGGAAAACCCUGACGUCAUUGAGGGUAUGUUUUCCUUAUUUGAUUCUGUCAUGCAUGUGUUGAUAGACCCUGGAUCAACGUUAUCUUAUAUCUGCGUGCCUAUGCCUGACAAGGCGUACAUAAUGAAAGAAAACUUAGAACAACCUAUACUAGUGUCUAACCCGUUAGGACAUAGUAUAAGAGACGCGUUGAAGAGCGGCGGCGGGGGCCACGCUUCCGGCAAUGGACGACAUGGCCCGCCACCGUCGUCGUCCUCAUCUAAUAGUACUGUCGUUGCAAAAGAUUUGGUCGCGAAGAUAUUGGGAUCGUUCAAUGAGGUUGUUUCGAUUCUUGGGUCGUUGGAGUCCUCAUCUGUGGAGGUUUCGCAGGCUGAGCCGCCUGGCUUCCGGUCAUCGGACCUCCGGCAGGCGGCGGAGGACUUGGGUGGAACUUGGAAGACUUCUGCAUGCGUUGUUGGUAGAGGAAGUUACAAGCGGAGGAAAAAAUGCGAGACACAAGUUAGAGAUUCCCAAACUUUGGUAGAUGAUGGAUAUGCAUGGAGAAAAUAUGGGCAAAAAACCAUCCUCAAUUCCGUGUAUCCAAGGCAUUAUUACAGAUGCACACACAAGUUCGAGCAGAAUUGCCAAGCGACCAAACAGGUGCAAAGAAUUCAAGAAAACCCUCCCCAGUAUCGGACGACAUACCUUGGAAACCAUACAUGCACCGAUUUCAUAAAACACCCCGUAUUCCUCCCCACACCGGCCGGCUGCGAGGGGGGCGGACCAGCAUUUCCUGCCCUAGUGACCGAACAAGAUCUUGCCAGCUUCCGGCCGGAGUUAUACCAUCUUGAAUCGCCCUUUGGAGUGCCAUUGUCUUGCCCCAUGGGGCCUGCAAUGUCAUCGUCGGGGUCAGAAUAUGGGGAUGUGGUUUCUUCCUCUGGGUGCACUUGCGGCGAUUUGAUUGAUGCCUUACAGUUUUGAUGGCUUAACGUACGAUGAGUCAGUCGUUCAAGGGGUACGUUGUGCUAGCCUGAGUGCGUUCGAAUUUAUUAUAAUAUGUUCAUUCUUCGCUUUCUGCCAAAACCUAUUGGAAGCGCUCAAGGUCUUGCGAAGCGGUCUGGCACUCUAACGCACACGAACCGCACAUGAUAUGAAUUACUUUUCCACUUUUUCAUGGCUUUAACCUAUAUCAACAGCUCAUAGUUAGUUAAUUAUAUUAUUACUUUAAUGUUACUUUAAAUUUUCACAUGCUUAAUUACAUAUGCACCCAACAAGUUUGAGCAGAAUUUCCAAGUGACCAAACAGGUCCAAAGAAUUAAAGAAAACAAGAAAACCCUC